AGUUCUCAGAUCUGUCGAUAUUUUUUAAUGCGUCGCAGUUUAUUCCGAGUCAUUUCGUUCGUUCUGACAAACCAUUUUCUUUCUCUUCGUAGCAGUGGCGAUGUACUUCACUAACCUGGCAUGGAUGUAUUUAUUUUGCUUUGGAUUUGCUUUUCUAAAACUGUCUGACGUUUUGAACACGCGCCCGUCUCCACCCAACGCUACAGAGCGCACACCUUCCCUCCCUCUAUCGAAAAGUGUCCCGUCCGGCCACCCGACCGAUGGUUUUAAGUGGGAAUGAUUUCAUAACAAGUGGUGAAAUUGCGCGUUCUCGUCAAUUUCAGCGUUGGAAUCCAAAGUUCUUUGCUUCGUACACAGCUGUUGCUUGAGUGAAGAGCGAGUGGAGAAGUGUUUAAAACAGGAAAAAAAACAGUAGUUAUGAUGUUUUGCAAAACAUAUUACAGCAUUAGAAGCAUAAAUUUGCAUUGUCCGGAAUUGAGACGCAUAUGAACAUGUAAACACUGUCCUGUUUCGUAAUGAUUGUGCUGCUGUACUGCCUCUGCUCUUUGUCCUCCGUAUGGCGAACAAAACAAACUCACCUUACUUGCCAUAUGUUGGCAAAGGGAAUAUACUUGAAUAGCUUCUUGACGAGAAAACGAAAAUCAUCCUUUGUGGGAAUUGCGCAUGUCGCGCACAAAAAUGUAAACAAACAAAAGCAGUUGAUGAAGUGGAUGAAAUCCAUACCGGGAGCAAACCUCACGGUUAGUGGGUAAAGUUAUAGACAAUUGGUAAUUUAUUUCGAUAACUGAAACUAAUCCGCACAUAAUCGGGAAGGAACAGGUUGUUAGAUAAAAAGAACGAUAAGUUUUUAUGCGUUUGCUGAUAAUCUGUUUAAUUUCACAAUACUGUAUGGAAUUCCUCUUAUACAUUUAAAAAAAAACUUCUAUUAACAACGCUUUAAGCUUUCCGUUCGUCUCCCCAACCAUUGUCGGACGGGUUAUAAAUAAGAAAUGAUCUAUAGAACGAACGAAUCUUCAUCGUCGAUCUGUACCAGCAGGCUGCAAAAUACCGGAGUGGCAAUGAUCGGUUUGUUGAACACCUUCAACGGAUCAUAAGUGGCACGCUCGUACACGGUGGGCUCGUAUUGCGGUGGUUUACCUCAGAACGAAAGUGUACAAGGAACCGGUUCAAGCGCAGACACGUACAGUCUUUGGUAAAUUAUUUGCAACAGCACCUACAACACACCACGGAUUUGAAGCACAACAACGUCAACACACCACGUCGAAAAGGUAGAACUGAACCAUCUCAAGAUCGGUAGGAUUUUCAAAAAUUCAAGGUCAUCCAGCUCUAGUGGUGUCGCGGUGUAACUCAGACACUGUGGGAUGAGCCACCACAAGCCGGUGUUUUUUUUUUCAUUCCAUCGAAUCGUUUUUUUCUGGUUGUUCUUUCAGCGUAAGAAGGAACGUCGAGUGGUACAGCUGACUCUGCAUUUUUUGGCAUAAUUAAGUCGAUGGUCGCGUACGAAUAUUUGCCGAUUAGCCGUAACUUCCGUCAUGUGUCAUCUGAUAGCCGGCUGGCAAUCAGCUGUUGUUUGCUUUGCUGUGAUACAUAAAAGGGCCAAAUUGAUGUUUCUAGGGUUUGCCAGAUCUAUUGCAAGGCUAUUGUUUGAUGCUAAAGGAAGUAAACGGGAAAGAUUAUUUUAAUCAUAUGCGACCGGCAUUAAGAUAAGACAUGUUUCGUACGAUGUUCGAGACGUAGUAAAUUAGCCGAACAACGAAUUGGUUCAAGGCUUUACAUUUCCAACAUUUCCACUUGACGUUCUGAAGCUGAAUGUUGGCUUGUUGGAUUGACACUAUCCAACGAUAAAGCCUAUUUUUGGCAUUGUUUCAUGGAAAGCCUUCCCUGCCAAAGCUUAGCACACGUCUCAAGGUGGACAAGAACGUUUCGCGAUGAUUACAAUCACGUCAAGUCCCUUCCCCGCUGGGCAUUUGCCAAUGUGAUAUUGAGCACAUUUUCUUCUCCUAUCUAUCUGACUCUGAUAAAUCGUUCUUCCGCUGUGUGGGAAAUUAUUUAAAUUGACUCCUAACCUACACAUACACACACACAAAACUGUGUGAUGUAUGAAUCGGUUAAAAGCGUUGAUCGAUUUUGUCGCAAGGGUAUAUUCCUUGGAACGUUUCAUUUCCUUCGCGAGCACUGGACAUGCCGACUGAACAGUGCCGGUUGAUGUUGUUUGGAUUUGUUCAUUGUGUUUUUUUCUUCUUCGCCCUACCCUUAUAGAUCACUGAUCACCGUUUGCUAUAUGAUCGGCGCCCAUCGUUGUGUGGGUACUAGCCGUGGUAUUAUGCCGGGUUGUGCCGAGCGACUGAUUAUGCCUUUUUGGUAGGGGUUCGUUCGUCAGCAGCUGAAUGCUUGGCUGCUGUGUCCGACGCGGUUUCAAACACGAUCUUACCGUGACCGGUGUAGGACGUGCUCCGGUGUAGUUGUACGCGUAGUUAGCCUUACGUUAGUGCUUCUUAAUUGUAGUAUAAACGACAUUUGCAUUAAUCAAGUAGCAAUACGCAUGCAGCAGUACGCGGCUGUAGCUUCUGUAUCGGUGACGAACAAUUUACACUAAAGUGGUAAACUUGGUUCAAAAUUUAGUUCUUUCGAUCAAAAUUAAUUUGUGAAAACUCGUGACAGCGUAUCGGAAGGGAAGCAGUUGACCGUGGCCCAGUGCGUGUGAGAUAGUUGAAAAUUUAAAAAAAGAAAAAUAUAUCAUUCGAACAGUGAACAGGUGGCGGUUUGCCUGAAGGAAAGCGGAUUACAGUCUUUAAGAAACCGGAACCAAUUGGUGGCACACAUAAAGCAGCGGCAGCGGAUUGUUUGGUGAAUUACUACCCAGAAACCACUGAAUUCUCGUGUUACGCGUUCGAGAUGCGUAGCGUGCGGAGCAGCUUCACCAUCGGGCGGUUGGCGAUUUAUCCGAAAAAUUCAAACAUUCGCACUGGUUCCAUCUGCCUGAUUGCCUCCACUGCCUCCAACGGCUAUCAGUUCCAACCUCAACAUCCACACUGUAGUCUGGUAACGCUCCAGUUGUCCAGCAACUCUACCGUCACAUCGAGCGAUUCAUCCCGAAGGAUAAUCGGUAAUCACACACACAGCGUGCAAGUAUGUUCCCCUUCGGUUCUGCUGUGUGCCGGCGCAUCGUCCACGGAUGGCUCUUCCAGUACGUUUCCGCAACACCCACAGCGAACCGUCCGUCGUUCGUUUCACGUCUCCGCGAUCUGUGAUAAAUCAUCGUCGAAAGAUGGUGGCAGCGGAAGCAACAACAAUAACCCACCCGGCAGUGGCUCAACGGGUAGCGGUAGUACCGCCAGUGGAAGCGGCGGUUCUUCGUCCGUUGGUGCCGGCGGCAAGGAUGGUGGCAGUGGUGGUAAGGAACCACCGAACAAGAAGAACACACUAUCCUGUCCGAAGUGUGGCGAUCCCUGCACGCAUGUGGAAACGUUCGUUAGCUCGACGCGGUUCGUCAAGUGUGAAAAGUGUCACCAUUUCUUCGUCGUACUGUCGGAGGUCGAUUCGAAAAAGACAAUUAAAGACACGGAAACGAAGGGUGCUCGGAAGCCACCACCACCGCCGAAAAAGAUAAUGGAAUAUCUGGACCGACACGUCGUCGGACAGGAGCUGGCCAAAAAGGUUCUCUCGGUGGCGGUGUACAAUCACUACAAGCGCAUCUACCACAAUCUGCCACCGCCGGCAUCCUCCUCAGCUGGUGCCCAGCAGCAACAGCAGCAACUGGAUUCGAUGUCACGGAGCGGUGAUCUGCUCCACAUAUCCGGCAUCGGUCACACGAUGAUGAGUUCGGCACCGUCGGAAGUGCCGCGGCCACCGCUCGGUGCGGGCGGAUCGGGCCAUGGUGGGGCGGCGGGUUCGGCCGCACACCAUCCCGGUUCGGAGCUGCUGGACAAGAAAACGCACGAGCUGAAGCUGGAGAAGAGCAACAUUCUUAUGCUUGGCCCGACCGGCUCGGGUAAAACGCUGCUUGCGCAAACGAUUGCCAAGUGCCUGGACGUUCCCUUUGCCAUCUGUGAUUGUACGACGCUAACGCAAGCCGGUUACGUCGGCGAGGAUAUCGAGAGUGUGAUUGCGAAGCUACUGCAGGACGCUAACUAUAGCGUUGAACGGGCGCAGACGGGCAUCGUGUUUCUGGAUGAGGUGGAUAAGAUCGGUGCCGUGCCCGGUAUCCAUCAGCUGCGGGACGUCGGCGGUGAGGGUGUGCAGCAGGGCAUGCUGAAGAUGCUCGAGGGUACGAUCGUGAACGUGCCGGAGCGAAAUUCACCGCGAAAGCUGCGCGGCGAAACGGUGCAGGUGGACACGACCAACAUUCUGUUCGUGGCGUCCGGUGCGUACACCGGUUUAGACCGUUUGAUUGCGAGGCGAUUGAAUGAGAAGUACCUGGGUUUCGGAAUGCCGGCAAGUUCAUCGGAAGGACGCCGAGCAGCGCAGGCGUCUGCGUCACCGAUGGAUAACGAUCAAGCAGAGCGGGACGCAAAUCUAAAGAAAGUGCAAGCGAAAGAUCUCGUCGAGUUCGGUAUGAUUCCCGAAUUCGUUGGUCGCUUCCCGGUUCUGGUGCCGUUCCACAGCCUUGACGUGGACAUGCUCGUACGUAUUCUAACCGAACCGCGCAAUGCUCUCGUGCCCCAGUACAAAGCACUACUCGGCAUGGAUCAGGUAGAUCUAUCGUUCACCGAUGAAGCCCUAAAGCAAAUCGCUCAACUAGCCAUGGAACGGCAAACUGGAGCCCGUGGUCUGCGUGCAAUUAUGGAAACACUUCUAUUAGAACCAAUGUUUGAGGUGCCCGGUUCGGACGUCAAAGGUGUACGGAUCACGGAAGAAAGUGUACGCGGUGCGGAACCGAUCUACGUACGCCGGGGUGAAUCGAACGCCUCGAACAAGGAUCCUCCCGCGUCCGGUGAGGCUGGACACACUAGCAGUAGCUCUUCGGAGGAAGAGGAAGCGACGAAAGUGCGCGUGAAACAGUAAAAUAGGUACAGAUGCAAAAUAGUGCGGGCGCUUGCAAACACCCCGAGACAGUACCCCGUUUGACAGACAUCGUGAAAAUUGCUACUAUUAUGCCCCGAAUCGAUGGAUAAACGAAAACACAGAUGAAAAAUGUAUUUGUACAUACGAUUUAUUUUCACAUACGGCUGCCGUUCCUAUUUGGUUUGUUUGUUCUGCUCUGUUCCAUUGUGGUACACGUUUAGCUUUAUCCUAUUGCUGCAACAUUUUGCUAACAGUUGCAUUACAAGGUUACAUGCUUUUUGGUCGUAUCAGGAUGAUGCGCGAACCAGUAAUUGGUUAGGUUGAGGUCUUCUACUCGACACUAUAGAUCGGACAUCAGUUCAUGGAUGGCAUCGGGUUCAUGGGAACCUGUAACCUCUGUACAUCUCUUUCACGACGAUCUAAACCUUUUCAUAAUCGUGUACAGUUUUUAACAUAAAUGAUCUACGUUGAAGAUAUAACCAAAAUGUAUAAAUUUUGACUGGUUGUUGUUAUACUAUAAAAUCCCGUUUGUAAGAAGGGAAUAAUUUUUCGCCUGGGAUUAAUUUGGGCGUAUAGCUUAACGGCUUUUUUUUUAUACUAUCUGGUUUAAUAUGUUCUGCAAAUUAGCGAUGCUAAUGGCGCUAUUUAUUGCAACAAAAGUAAAAGUGAAACUUCACUGCGGCGAAAUUAAGAGCCACGAAUUAACAAAACAUAACAUAAACCAACUACUAGUACAAGGGAUAUAUCCGACAAAAAACACAAACUGUCUUUUGUGCAAGACAAAACAAAACGUAUAAAACCAUAAUGUUUUGACGUAGAUCGUCCGUUUAUGGCGCGUAAGUUAAUUACGGCUAGUGGAAGGUAAAAGCGGAACGCAUACUAAAAAUGUUAACGAAUCUUGAGAAGUAUAUGUGAACAGCAAAGUAAUUUUGUGUAACAUAAAGAAAAAAAAAACAUAGAAAAAGGAACUCGCCCAAUCUGUUUGCAGAGGUUACUAGCGGCGCACAUCACCCACUGUACGCCUACAACUGUGCGCGAUGGGAAAAGCCCUCGUUAUGCAGUGUAAAGCCUUUAAUUAUAUCUUUCAGCGUGAGAGCAUGAAUGAAAGUGUACAUGUAAUUAGCGUCUCGUGUGUAGAAGAAUAGAGUUUUAGUGUAGGGAUUUUUAAUUCCUUUUUUGUUUUCUUUUUCUUCCCAUAUUCCUUAAUAUGUAGUGCGUCGGUUAGGGACGAUUGUACUGCGCAAGUUGAUUAGGAGGUAAGAGAAUUUAAAAAUAAUAAAAAAAAAAAAUACAUCGAGGAA